CUCAUGCCCAGCUCACGGUGCAGCGGCUGCCGUGUCCUCGUCGAGGCCCAGUCCAGAUCGACUGCUGUUCCCUCAGGCUGUUGUUUUCUCACUGUCGUGCGAUGGCGUCCGGAUGGCGUCAAGCAGCCGGAAUUCACGGAAACCAAAGCCCGCUCGAAGGAGUGGUAGUAGGAGCUUUCCGAUAAGGGCAGCUCGUCUUCGUGCACGUUCGCUAUCCAGAAGGUUACCUAUUCACCUCUACAUCGCGUCGGUAAGGGGAGCAGGAUGGGAUCUUCAUCUUCUACAGGAACUGCACCCGCAGCUCCCGAGUCGGAGUCUUCCACCAAACACAUUUGCAUCAUUGGCGUAGGGCCAGUCGGCCUUGGGGCGCUCAAGAUCGUCAAGGAUUCGCCUCAAUUCAAGGAGGGCAAAUGGAAGGUAACUGCGUUCGAAGCGCGAGAGAAGAUUGGAGGGAUUUGGUUGCCCGCUCCUGCCGAAGGAGAUCCUCCACUGACCGCGCUGUACGACUCGCUGACGGCGAACACGCCCCACCCACUCAUGUGCUACAGCUCGUACCUCUUCCCACCCGCGACGCCGCUCUACCCACGUGCAAAGGUCGUCCUGGAGUAUAUCGAGGCCUACGCGAGACAUUUCGACUUGAAUCCGCACAUCCGGUUGCGCACUUCUGUGCUUGCCGUGCACUGGGACGCGACGUCAAGUAAAUGGAACGUGACAGUGGCGGGGGAGGAUGGGGACGAGACGAUCCCGUUCGACCUCGUUCUCGUCGCGAACGGACACUUCCGUGUUCCUCGCAUACCGGACCUCAAGGGCCUCGCGGCGUGGAUCAAGAAAGGCAAGGUCACUCAUACGGCUUGGUACCGCCGCCCCGAUGAUUACACUGGCAAACUGCUUGUCAUCGGAGGCGGGUACAGCGGACAGGACGUCGCUGCAGAGACACAGCCGUUUGCGACAGAGGUCAUCCAUUCCAUCACGAAUGCCGCCCCGGAAGACCUAAAUGGCGGUAAGCUCAAGAAACGCGGACGCGUGGCCGAGUACCUCGACGCCGACAAGGGAGACGUCGUCUUCGAAGACGGCACGACCGUGUCUGGGAUCGACCACGUCGUGCUCGCGACCGGGUACCAAUUCAACUUCCCCUUCCUAUCCGAACCCGAAGUCGUCGCCGCGAUGCCGCCGCGCGUCCCGCCAGUCCCUCCGGUGCUGUACAACUCGACCUACCACGUCUUCCCGAUGGCGAAGGCCAUGUUCCCGCUCGUCACCUCCUACCCGCCCUCCAGCCUCGCCUUCCUCGGGCUCCCCCUGCGUGUCGCGCCGUUCCCCUUGACCGAGGUCCAGACCCGCGCCGCGCUCAAGGUCUUCGCGGACCCGUCCUCGCUCGACCUCGAGCGCGAGGCCGCGGCCAUCGAUGCGCGGUACCAGGCGUUCCGCGCGGAGAAGGGCGACAACGAGAUCGCGAUCGCGGACGCGUGGUUCCGGUUCGGGUUCAAGGAGAUGUUCGACUACCGGGACGAGCUGCACGAGUUCAUGGGGGACGAGUACCGGGUCCCGGAGUGGGAGAAGCGGCUGUUCGAGCAGAAGGAUGCGCUGAGGGAGCAGUGGCGGGAGCUGGAGAGACUUGGGGAGGCCGACGAGUGGUCGAGGGGCGUCGGGGCUCGGGGGGAUCCGUGGCAGGAGUGGGCCGAAUUCAUGUGGAAGGUCCUUCGCCGCGAGGAGUCGAGGGCUUCAGCGUAGUUUCGUGGAGGCAGUGGGUGAUGACUGGCCGCAGUCAAGCUUUGGAUAGACUUCUCCGAGCUUCUCAUUUGCAUUUUAAUUGGGAACAAGCAAAGAUUGCCGGUGGCCGUGCUAUUGCAGUAUUAAUGGGGAAUAUAUUGGUGGGGUCGGCCACACGUGAUC